AUGCUGGCACCAAAGGGCAGUGGAGCAGGAGGUAGGGCGGCGUAUCUCCUCUUCCUCACACACCACCUCCUCUCUUCGACGAAGCAGUCGCAGCUCCGUACCUGGGCCAAGGACCUCUCCCUAGUAGGGCUCGCCAAGCGCGGCUACCCAGGUGUGAUCCUCCUCCUCGCCUCCUCCCCCUCUUCUUCUUCUGCGACGUCUUCGAAUCGCAAGGACUCGCCUGAGAAUAUUGGUGAUGAGAGCGCAGCUAGGCUCGAGGAGGUAGCGAGGAGGAUCAAGCGCAUGCAAUGGGCUUCGCAGGACCUCCGUCCCGUACAGCCUCUGCAGGCCCGCACUUUCACCCGCCUGCAGAGGGUACUCGGUGAGCGGCAGGGAAGCGUAAGCGAGACUGGUUCGGAUACUUCAGCUGUCCCCAAGGGAGUGAGCGUGAGAAGAAUGAUUCCUCUCUUGUUCCUGGAUACUAUGAAGGAGAUCAGCACCCUCUUCCAAGAAGCCGACCAGCUCGCGCACCCUGCCGCCGAGGGAGGAGGCAAGAUGGAUCAGUCGGCCAAGGCGUCACAGGAGGACAGCCAGGAGCUUUGGAGGGACAUCUGGCGCAGAGAGAUGAAGCCGCGCUAA